AUGCACUCAGAAGGCUAUAAAGUGUUUUCCCUACUCUAUGGUGGAUCACCUGAGGUUACACAAGCAUUUGGUGCAAGUGAAGUCAACGAUGCUAUUAAUUCUCUUGUGAGACGUGGAAAACAUUUACGAUGGCGCACCGCGCGACUGGUUAUUUCACCAUCCAGUGUCCAUUUGAUCUCAAAUGGAUUGGUCAUAACGGAGUGUCGCACCCGGUUCAUAUCCUUCAUUUCAGUUUACGCUAAAGACUGCAGAAUCUGUGGAUUCAUCCAACAAGGAGCCAGAGGAAACUACGUAUGCCAUAUAGUUGCGUGUGAACCGAACGCCGUCACUGUGUGCGAAGCCAUCAAAUCCGCAUGUGAGGUAAGAAGAUAUGUUCUGAAGUAA